CUGUUUUUGAGUCACUUGUGAAAAAUCAGUCAUCGCGAGCAGUUCGAGACUAAGAAAACCCGCUGGAACCCACAACCCAAACCACUUAUCAAACAAAAACAAAUAACAGCUGGGCAGCAACGCGAAGCGCGUGUGCAAAACGAGGCGAGAAAACAUACACAAAGAAAAAGCACACAAGAUAUAAGAGAUACAGCGGAAAAUUUUGGGGCCCCACAAGCCAAAGCUUUUGCGUAAAAAGCGGUAUAACAAGAAAAAAAAAAUAUACACCCCAUCACAACGUGUUCGCCGGUCAAGAUGAGCGGGUCGGUUCUGAGUUUGGCGCGUCCUGCAGCAGCCACCAAUGGCCACAAUCUGCUGGCCAAGCAGCUGAACUGCAACGGCAAUGGCACCUCGGGAGGAGGGGCGGCCAAAACCACCGUGGCCUCGGCCAUAACACCGCCCAAACAGCCCCAACUGGCGGCCAAGGUCAUCCAGCAGUCGCAGAUCGUGUGCUUCGACGUCGACUCCACGGUGAUUUGCGAGGAGGGCAUCGACGAGCUGGCCGAGUACUGCGGCAAGGGCAGCGAGGUGGCUCGGGUCACCAAGGAGGCGAUGGGCGGGGCCAUGACCUUCCGGGAUGCCCUCCAGGUGCGCCUGAACAUCAUACGGCCCACGCAGCAGCAGGUGCGGGAUUUCAUCCAGGAGCGACCCAGUACACUGAGCAAAAAUGUCAAGCGGUUCGUGGCCCACCUGAAGGCGGAGGGCAAACAGGUGUACUUGAUCUCCGGAGGAUUCGAUUGCCUCAUCGCACCUGUGGCCAAUGAGCUGGGCAUUCCGCUGCAGAAUGUCUAUGCCAACAAGAUGCUCUUCGACUACCUGGGCGAGUACGAUAGUUUCGAUGUCACCCAGCCCACCUCGCGUUCCGGUGGCAAGGCGGAGGCCAUCGCUUUGAUAAAGAAGAAGGAGAACAACGAGGACUCCCUCGUCACGAUGAUCGGCGACGGAGCCACCGAUCUGGAGGCCGUGCCGCCGGCCAACUACUUCAUUGGUUUCGGUGGCAAUGUCGUGCGACCGGAGGUCUACCGCCGGGCCCAGUAUUACGUAACGGACUUUGAGCAGCUGAUGGGGCAAUGAGAUACUAUGCAUACGUAUAUAUAAUGCAAGGCGGGGGAGUGGCGAAUUUAGUAUUUGAAACGAAAUCAACGUGUUAUAGCCCUUAGUGAUGCGCAUGUUUUGGGUCCGAGAGUGUGUGUAAUGUGUGUACUAUAGUUCGUAAUUAAAUAACAAUAAAAAGCGAUAGUAAAAUAAUGGAAAAAGAGCAAGUGAAAUCGCACGAGGUGACUUUGUUACUCUCUAGCAGAAAAUGUUAGCCGCAGCAGAAGUUUUAAAAAACUGGGUGCCCCAAGUUAAUACCACUUAAGUCUUAAGCAAUAAGCAACUGAAAAAAUACAUAUAUUUAGAGUGAGAGGAUACCAAGCAAAUAAAUGUGCAUGAAAUUACAA